AACACAUUUUGGUCCUCUUUUGCGCGAACGGUUGAUGCUGAGGCAGAGAGGAAUCUGCGCGCGGUCAACUCCGGCUCUGAUUUUCACUUCAUCUAAAGGUGUGUGAAACCAUCGAGGUUGGAAGUGCAAUGGCGUCCUCUGGAGACUUUCAGGUUAAGGAACUGGACAAGCGUGCCUCAGGACAGGCUUUUGAAGUCAUCCUGAGUCCCUCGGCUCCAGAUGCCAAGGGAGAAUUCCCACUUUCCACCCCCAAGAAGAAGGAGGUAUCUCUGGACGAGAUCCAGAAAAAACUGGACGCAGCAGAGGAGAGACGCAAGAACCAUGAGGCAGAGGUCCUGAAGCAUUUGGCUGAGAAACGAGAGCAUGAGAAGGAGGUCCUUCAGAAAGCAAUGGAGGAGAACAACAACUUCAGCAAGAUGGCAGAGGAGAAGCUUAACCAGAAAAUGGAAGCCAACAAAGAAAACCGCACAGCACGCAUGGCAGCUAUGAAUGAGAAAUUCAAAGAGAAGGACAAGAAGCUUGAAGAGGUACGAAAGAACAAAGAAACAAAAGAGGGGGGCGAGGGUGAAAACUAAGUUUCCUCUCUCAUUUUCCUUUUCAUUUAGGGUAUAGUAUUGGGUUUUUUAAUGUAUCCAAAGAUUUAUUUUUUGUUCCAUUAAAUGGUCAGUUUUCCAUGUUUGGAUCCAUGUACUUGCCACUUUUUUAUUAAGGGGUUUUGGGGAAAAGCUGGUGCACAACAUUUCAUCACUUUGUGUGUAUUCAGUUCUGUCUUUCAUCAUUCCCUCUAACCUGUAGAUUUGUCCAGUUGCAGCUCUAUAGCGUUUAAAAUGAGCAGUGUUUUACUGAUAGGGAAGCAUGCCUGUGUUAUGCAUAGGUCUAAUAUAUACUUGGUAUAUUGCAUUGUGCAAGUCCACCUGUUCCCUUGUAUGUCAGUACUGCCAUCCUUCAAGCUUAAUAAAGUUGCACAGUUGUUUGUUAUGGUACCAGUUUUGCCACUGCUUCUUUGUUAAUCUGCAGUCAGCCAGAGUGUAAUGUGGAGUAAAAUAAUUUCUUAAAAAUGUGUACAUUAUGGAGAUGUAUGGCAGUUUCUGUAAUUCUAUAUAAAAAAAAGGUUUUGCCAAAAUAAUAAUUAAAUCUUUUUGGACACUUUUUGAUGUACUCUUUAUAAUCUGCAUGAGACUCUUAGUGUUAAUACUAAACAUUAUCCACAAGCUUUUCCUUUACUGGAUCAUACCUUCAUAGUAAUUCAUACCUAAUAUGCACUAAUGAAAAAAAACAACAACAACAACAAAAAAAUGUAUGCAUUCCGAUAAGUACUUGGAAAGGUGUGAGUUUAAAAAAAUAUAAAAAUACAUCGCUUGAGACUAUACUGGCAUCUAGUGGUUUUGACAGGUAUUAAACAGGUAUUAGAAUUUUUUUUUCAUCAUGAAUCAUCUCAAAAUGAUUUCAGAAAAAAUAAAAUAACGUUGACAUAUUGGCAACUAUUAUUGAUUUAUCCUUUGUUGCCAAAAGAGAGUUAGGUGCAUGACAAUUUAUGGAAGUUGUAAACAGCUUUGCAAUGAUGAAUGGCUUGUUGUCCACAUGCUUUCAUAUUAUUGUGUUCAGAAAUAGUGCAUCAAUCUUUUCUAAAAUAAAUUAUACCUUAUUUCCAAAAUUCUGAACUCCCUUAGUAGAAGCAAUUACAUGCAUCCAAAAAUAGAUCAUGUCCACUAAUAUGUUGUGUGAAUAAAUGUUUUUUUAAUUGAAUAAAAUAAAAAUGGAAUCUUG